GCUGCAGCUGGACUGACGGAGGACGACGAUCUUCAAGAUGAGUUUCAGGUGGAGCAGUUUGUUUAAUAAGCCGCGGCUGUGCCUCGCUCCUCCCUCCUGCCGGCUGCUCCACGUCGGCCAGCGAGCAUCCCUCACCAAAGCGUUCUCCACCCGCGAUGUAGAGCUGUUCGCCGAGCUGACGGGCGACAACAACCCCGUCCACCUGGACCCGGUCUACGCCAGCACCACCUCCUUCGAGACGCCCAUCGUCCACGGAGUCCUCAUCAACGGUCUGAUCUCGGCCGUGCUCGGCACGAGGAUGCCCGGCCGCGGCUGCAUCUUCCUGUACCAGGAGAUUCGCUUCCCGGCGCCGCUCUACAUCGGCGAGGAGGUGCUGGCCGAAGCCGAGGUCCGCAAGAUCAAGAUGUCGUUCGCCUUCAUCGCUGUGACGUGCUCCGUCAAGGACAAGGUAGUGAUGGAGGGGGAGGUGAUGGUGAUGAUGCCUGAGGACCAGCAGAAGGGGUGAGAGGAGGAGGAGGAGGAGGAGGAGGAGGAGGAGGACAGACAGACAGACACAAUGGAAUUGACUCCAUGUUGACUUCAUGCUGUCAUUUUUGUAGUUUAUUGAUCAUGCUGGCAACAACAAGUGCGUCUGGACAGAGCAGCUCCCAGAGACACGCGACAAUCACUUGAUGAUUUAUUGUUUAGAUGUUUAAUUUGUUUAAUCUGCUCUGUAUUUUGUUUAACGUGUGAAAUCUUGCGAGUGGAAUAAAAACGCAAAACAAUGUUUUUAUUUUAUUUUA